CACGCCUAUAAAUACCGAAGACCUCUUUAUUUUUCUCUCAUCUUUCUCCUCAACCUAUAGAAUAAUCAUCUUUUCAAAUUCUUCGCGCUCUAUUUUUCAAAGACUCCAACCCUAAUUCUUCUCUCCAAAAAUCAAGGGUAGAUGGCUGAUCAAGUAUUGGAAGGGAGCCAACCUGUAGAUCUAAAGAAGCAUCCUUCUGGGAUUGUGCCUACAAUUCAAAAUAUUGUUUCAACAGUCAAUUUGGACACUAAGUUGGAUCUCAAAGCAUUUGCUCUCCAAGCUCGUAACGCAGAGUACAAUCCCAAGCGUUUCCCUGCUGUCAUUAUGAGGAUCAGGGAACCAAAAACAACUGCACUUAUUUUUGCUAAUGGCAAGAUGGUUUGUACUGGAGCUAAGAGUGAGCAUCAGUCUAAAUUGGCAGCAAGGAAGUAUGCCCGUAUCAUCCAAAAGCUUGGUUUCAAUGCCAAAUUUAAGGAUUUCAAGAUUGGCAACAUUGUCGCCAGUUGUGAUGUCAAGUUCCCCAUUCGGUUGGAGAGUGUUGCAUAUGAACAUGGUGCUUUCUGCAGUUAUGAACCAGAGCUGUUUCCCGGAUUAACCUACCAGAUGAAGCAACCAAAGGUAGCUUUGAGUAUCUUUGUCUCUGGCAAAGUUGUUAUAACAGGAGCAAAGGUGAGAGAUGAGACCUAUGCAGCCUUUGAGAACAUAUACCCUUUGCUCAGGAAAAAUCAACAAUGAUUUUUGUCAAAAGCAGGAGCAGUUUUCUCGUGGAAAAGCUUGAUGUCGAAUUGUAUAUAACUAAGACAAAGGAGAUAGCCGUUGAAUUGAUAAAAUUAAAAUUUUCUGACAGUUGACUCUCAUGAAGUUUUAAACCGUUUUCAUAUGGUUUUACUUUCAGUUACCAAAGUUAAAACCAUUAUUUGAAUGGCGUUUAAACAUUUGCUCCUGCAUUACAGUUUUGUAGUUGAUUUGAACUUGUAAAAAAAAGCACUUUCUUUUUGAACUAUGAAGUUUAUAGAUUGUUUAGUUCUAAAUCUUUUGUUC